AUGCGCGCGCUCCUCCCUCUCUCCAUCCUCCCCUCCCUCGUCCUAGCAGUCACACCACCCUCCUGUCCCGCAACAGCAGCCAGCUACCAGGAAGAAAAGCUCUUCUUCCUCUACCGCACCUUCUGCCAUAAACUAUCAGCCCAAUCUUUCGCGUCCCAGCUCUCUUUUACGGGGAGCGCGACUGAUCCGUGGGUUUCGCUGGGGUUUGAACCUGUUGCGGGAGGGAGUUGUUCGGAAGAUGUUUGCGCGGGGGAUUUUGGGACGUUAGUGGAUUCUUGUAAAAAGGAGAAUCAUACAGUUUUCGGGGGCGGCAAUGUUGGUACGGGAUGUGGGAGUUAUAAUUUCACGAUCUACGCGCAGGGUUUCCAGCCGGGGCAAGAUGGGACGGAGAAACCAUUGUCGAUACUCGAUGUGAAUCCGACGGGCAGUGCGAUCUCCAGUAUCGAGGCGGCGUUAACGAGCAGUUUUGGAUUGACGGCUACGAAGAAGGUGGUUAGUGUUACGGAGUCAAGUACUAGUUCGAGUUCGAGCUCGAGUAGUACGUCGAGUUCUUCGAGUGUGCAGAGUACGACGAGUACAGCCGAAUCAACAUCGACUUCUACGGCGCCGACGACGACGAGUCUUAGUUCUGUGGUUAUGGUGACGGGGACAGUCGCGAAUGAGACAAUCACCACGUCUGGACCAUUUGGAAACUCUACUGUUGUUGUAUUGACUACGUCCGGGACGUUUGUUGGUCCUGUUACUUCGGUUUUGAAAACGACGGGUACGCCUGGUGUUGGUGGAAGUACAGUUACGGGCGCUCCUGCGAGUCCUUCUAGCACCAAUGUUAAUAGUAGAGGGAGUGUAAUUGGGGUUGCCGGGUGGAGAUUGGCUAUGGUUGGAUUGUUUGCGUUGUUGUUUUAA